AUGAUUUUCGUUAAGUUUAUUGCUAUUAAUAUUUUAAUUUCUUUAGCGGAAAGUGAUGUUGUUCUCAGUUCAGCUGUUUUAAGUUAUGCCCUGAAUGGUACAGACAUAUUCCCGCCUUCAAAUCUCCUGAAUAGGAACACCUCUGACUUAUCUUCUCUUCUUCUAAAUAACGCCUUCUUCAAUGGAAAUGAUACAGUUCGUUCCCACGGACGCGGAAGAGGGACCAACAAGAGACCAGGGUCACCAGAGUUACCAGGGUUACCAGAGUUACCAGGGUUACAAGAGAUAGUACCCUCUACAACCCGCCAGAUAAACCCUGCAUACCACACAGCUGGACCAGGACCCGCUUUUGACAAUGAUAUGAGGGUGGCAGCGGAGGUAGUCCUCAGUAAGUGGGAUGGAAGUGCUCACGGGGAUGAGCUAUGGUGGCAGGCUGAGUUUGGUGGGGUGGUCUAUAUCGCUACUUUGACCCUACAUUCCUACUACUACACCAGCUGGUUCAACAAAACGUGGGGUUGUGUACAGAACAAGAAGACGUACAAGUUCUGUAAAGAUGAGAUGUCCUUUGUUGAUGUGGAUCUGUACCAAGGGUCAAGUUUUGUUAAGAGAUGUGGUACACUCGUGCAAGGACAUGGACUCAGACAGCAGGAUCAGGUUUACAGAUUUACUUGCGAUGGAUAUGGGGACAGGAUAUCUUUAUCAAAGAAACACUCUAAAACCAUGCUGCUGCUUCAUGAGAUAGUUAUAACUGGAAUUCAAGAGGGAUACAAAUAUUUGCAGCGCCCAAAAUAAAUUCACACAGCAUUUGAGAGAUCCGGAGACCCGAUGUUGAUUAUAGUGAAGCACAUGAAGCAUUAUGGAACGUAGUGUCAGGGAACUGUAUCCUUUGCAAGCACAUUCACGCAACAUCAUGAUAUCACAGACUACAAGAACAACAAC